CCUCUUCCUCCUCCUCAUCCUCGUCUUCUUACCCUUACUCCUCUGCCUCUCUAGUCUCCUCUACCUUCCAUGUUUUCAUCCAUUCUUCUUCAAAUCAGGAGGUCACCUGUGGCCCUUAUAUUGCUAAAGCCUUGAUUCCAAAUUGCACAACAGCCAUGGAAAUGGAAGUUUUGCCAAUUGAAUAGCAUUGUGUUCUGUCUGAACACAAGGAGGUUUUGGCAUUGAUGAAGUGUGCAAAGUAGAGAGGAUGGUGUUUAGUGUUUUGAAGAAAGUGUGGCUAACAAUUGAAAUCUGUGUCUAAAGCAGAUACUUGUGCUUAUAGUUUAGCAGAAUUGGUUUAGGGAGUUGGCACAUGAGUUACAGGUUGUGGUCAUUGUGUUAUAAGUUCCAGUUUUUGUGUGUAAUCAAUCGAGAAAAACUGUAAUGGGUCAUUGAGGUAAAAUAUUAACCACAUUUCUCUGGGUUAGAGAAAUGCCAAAGGUUGUCAAGUCAAGUUGACUUCUCUUUAGCGUGAAUGCAUGGCCGUAUGAGGAUUUGUAUCUUCUCUCAGUCUCAAAGGAUUUUACACAGUGGGAGGCCACAAUGAAGUUUGAGAACAUUUUAGCUGACAUUAAUGGAUUUGGAAGAUUUCAGAUAAUGAUCAUUGCGAUUAGUUUCAUUGGCCGCUUUACAAUGCCCUGUCACUUCAUGCUAAACAACUUUAUUGCAGCUGUUCCUUCUCACCACUGUGACAUCAGCUCUCUGGACGAUGGAGGUUUUUUUAGGAAUUUAUCUCAGGGCGAAAGGCUUACUGUAAGUAUUCCAGUCAAGGAGGAUGGGAGUCUGAACUCCUGUCAGAUGUUUGCAGAGCCUCAAUAUCAUCUGCUGCAGAACUCCUCCAACAUGACUGAUCUACGCACAGUGCCGUGCCAGAAUGGAUGGGUGUACGAUAACACCACCUUCAAGUCUACUCUGACCUCACAGUGGGACCUGGUAUGUGAUAGAAGAGGGAAAAACAAAGCAACCGCUACUAUCUUCUUUGUUGGAGUGAUGUUUGGAGCCGUAACCUUUGGAAGUCUGAGUGACAGGUUUGGCCGAAGGAUCUUGCUGUUGGUGUCGUAUGUAUCGGGAAUGCUCAUGGCUGUUGCAAGUGCUUUUUCUACAUCCUACAUGAUGUUUGUAGUGCUGAGGUUUUUCACUGGGUUUUGCAUUACCGGCAUCAUCAUCGUCUCAACAGUCCUUAGUGUGGAGUGGGUGGACAUCGAGCACAGGAAACUGGUGGGAGUUAUCGACAGCUUAUCCUGGACAUUUGGGAACACAGUUUUUUCAGCUAUUGCAUAUUUUGUGACUGAUUGGCGGUGGCUAAUUGUUAGUGUCUCCUCACCUCUAACCGUGGCCAUUAUCACCUGGAGGUGGAUGCCAGAGUCCGCAAGGUGGCUCAUUGCCAAUGGAAAGCUGGAGCAAGCUCAGAUGUAUUUGAGAAAAUGUGCCAAAGUGAACGGAACGGCAAAGCUAAUUGACACACUUAAUAUAGAGACACUAUCGACAAUUGUUGUGACUGAGAAGAGAGAUCGGCCUUAUUCGUACUUCGAUCUGAUACGAACACCCAACAUGAGGAAACUGGCACUACGUACUGGAACAGUGUGGUUUUGUGUGGCAACUGCAUUUUAUGGCAUCAGUUUCAACAUCACAGGCUUUGGGCUCAAUAUCUACCUCACUCAGUUUACCUAUGCUCUAAUCGAGCUCCCAGCCAAAGUAUUGGUUUACUACUUAUUGGAUAAGAUAGGCAGGCGGAGCACUGAGGUGGGAGCUCUGCUAAUGGCUGGUGUCUGUCUCGGAAUCAACAUUUUAAUACCUCAAGGUAUGUCUACUGUCAGGACAGUGGUGGCAGUCAUUGGAAAAGGGUUUUCUUCAGCAUCCUUUGCAACUAUUGUGCUCUACAGUUCUGAGCUUUACCCCACUGUAAUGAGGCAGAAUGGUAUGGGUUACAACUCCUUCAUGGCUCGACUUGGUGUAGCUGUGGCUCCAUUGAUUCUCUUACUGGACGAGGUGUGGAAGGACCUGCCCCAGGUGUUCAUGUGCUCUGCAGCUGUACUGGGGGGAUUAGUGGCAAGAACACUUUCAGAGACACGCAACCGGUGCCUGCCAGAGACCAUCGAGGAUAUUGAACAGCAGUCAUAGUGUCACUGGUGUCCAAGCAUAUUCAGUCAAGAGAUUUUCUAUGAAAGACUUCAUUCUCUGUAGAAUUUCCUUUUUUUCUCUUUAAUAUCACUUGAUUUAAAGUAUAUUCGGGAAGGUCUGGGCUCUUGUAACACUUACAUAAGUUGUAGUAAUAGUGACAGGAAAUGUAAAAAAGGAUGUACGGUGGUAUAAGGCAGUAGUUUCCAUCCUUUUUUGGCUCAUGCCCAUUUAUGCCCAACAAGUUACUUACUGAGCCGUGAAGAUGUUCCCUUGUCAGAUUAUUUCAUUUGAAAAAAAAUUCCCCUGAACAAAUGUCAAACUCUUCAGUAUUUUGAAAAUGCAAGAUUUGAGAAAAGUAAAAAAUUGUCAGGCAUUAUUGUGUUUUUUCUUUCCAUCUCAUUAUUCAUCUCCUAAACCAUACAUUUUUAGUUUGUUAUCUGGCACUUGGCAUUUUCAUGAAUAUAUCGGUACAGUGCAUCAUAAACUGAUAUCCCCAUUAGGUAAUACAACAUUGAUUUUUUUCCAACUGUACAGAAAUCCUGAUGGCUGAUUGUAUACAUCUGUGUAUUUACGGUUUCAAUACUUUCACAGUAUCUAUAUAACACUUAAACUAUGAGACCUUUAAGAUAUUAAACAUACUGCAAUUGUAGUAUUGUUUAACAGUGGUGAUACUAUCCUGUGGUUUGAAUGAUCAUAAAAAACAGUCUGAAAAAUUGUAAUGUUAUGACAUUUUUAUGUCAUAAACAUUUU